AAAAAAGUAUUGCAGUAAGGCGAGAACGGUUUCUCAUUAGUAUUUAUUUAGAAAUGAAUUAUUAAAUUUGGUGUAUUAAUAACCUACAAAGAACAAGAAUAGCUGUCUGUGCUAACAAAAAAAGAAGAAUUAGGAAUUUAAAUAUCAAAACUUGUCACUGUCACAUUUCUAAAGAAUUUUAAAUAAGCAAAUUUAAUGAAAGAUGGUACUUACUAGAAAGUACGUAAAAAUAAAAUAAUGUACAGAAAUGGAAUUACUAUGGUAUAAUAGCAAUUCAUUCAAAGGUAGAAGAUAAAAUAUUUGAAAUAUUUUCAAAAUGAAUAACAGCAAAUGGGUUUCCAUUUGUGGCGAGGAUUUUGUAAUAUGGUCCCAAAAACAACACGAUUUCGGUAUUUGUUUCCAAAAUCUUUUCUUGCAUAUUCCGAUUUUGGCUGUUUUUGGGGUUUCAUCUGCGUAUUUCUUUGGGCUGCAUACAAGUACCAUACCGCGAAGUAAAGUUCAACGAUUUGCUUUAGUUAUAAGAAGUAUUAUAAGUAUAAUGCUUACAUUUAGUCCAAUAAUUGAGAUUUGUUAUAAUAUUUAUUUAAAUGAAGAAACUAUGGAUAAUGCUUCAGUAUUGUUAGGAGUUGUCCAGGGUAUAUCCUGGUUUUCGCACUUUAUGUAUACGUUACGGCUAAAAAAAGGACUGACUAAAAACCCAAGGGGACCGAUGUUGAUGUCAAUUAUAUGGUCGCUGAUAUUUUCUCUAACUAUCCUCACUACCAGAAGUCGAUAUUUACUCUACCGGCAGAGUACCGAUCGCGAAUAUACUGUCACUGAAUCGUUCGGAUUGAGCUGCUUCGUCCUGAUAUUGCAGGUAGCAUACGCUAUCUCGUUGAUACCAGGCGAAGAUAAUACAGAUUUUACCUUUUCUAGAAGUCCUCUUGAGGUUUCUGAAACCCAAUCUCUUCUCGACAGCAGUAAUUAUACUUACGUACAGUUUGCAGGAGUCGAUGAUCCUCAAUAUCUCGGAGUAGCCAUGGAGCAUACCAGUUUACUUUCUAAAUUAUCUUUUUCCUGGGUAAACAGCUUGAUAACUAAAGGCGCUAGCGAUACUCUUACGAAUUCUUACGACUUAUACGAUCUUCCACCUGGCGUGGGUAGUAGAUAUAAUAGUAGACGCUUAGAAAAUCAAUUGGAAGAUCUACCGUCAUCUAGUUGGAGCUUCUUGAAAGGGCUGCACAAAUGCUACGCCUGGGAGUUUUACAGCGUUGGUAUCCUAAGAUUGAUAGCCGAUUGUUCUGGAUUUGCAGGACCGAUUUUAUUGAAUAAGUUAGUCAGUUUUAUCGAAAAUAAAUCCGAAGAUAUUGAAUGGGGAUACAUUUUUGCAAUGUUACUAAUCGGUAGUACCACUUUAGCGGCUUUGUGUGAUACUCAUUUUAAUUUUAUGAUGUCUGUGGUUGGAUUAAAAAUGCGCGGAGGGAUUAUAACGAUGAUUUACAGGAAAACUUUAUCUGUAAAUUCGAGUAAAUUGACUUCAAACUUAUCGGUCGGUGAGAUAAUGAAUUUUAUGUCGACUGAUACUGAUCGUAUUGUGAAUUCAUGUCCCAGCUUCCAUUCGUUAUGGAGUAUACCGUUCCAAAUCAGCGUCGCUCUCUAUCUGCUUUAUCAACAAGUGGGUGUUGCAUUUUUAGCAGGACUGGUGUUCAGUAUCGUACUGAUACCCAUAAAUAAAUUAAUAGCUAAUAAGAUUGGCGAAUUGAGUACCAAAAUGAUGAAACAAAAAGACGAUAGGGUUAAACUGACAUCAGAAAUUUUAAGAGGUUACAAACCAAUCAAAUUGUACGUGUGGGAACAGCAUUUUAUUUCAGAAAUUUCGAAGAAGAGAGAUGUAGAGCUUAGAUAUUUGAAAGGUCGGAAGUAUUUGGAUGCUUUGUGCGUUUAUUUUUGGGCUACGACUCCAGUGGUUAUAUCAAUCUUGACGAUUGGUACAUAUGUACUGUUUGGAAACAAAUUGACCGCUGCCGUUGUAUUUACCACGAUAGCUCUGCUGAAUAUGCUUGUAAGCCCGUUGAACGCAUUUCCAUGGGUAUUGAACGGUUUAACAGAGGCUUGGGUAUCUAUAAAGAGGAUACAAAAAUUACUGGAUCUGCCCAAUAUUGAUUAUAACAAAAUAUACGAUCAAAAUAAAUUAGACAACGAAAAUGAUGACAAUGUUGAAAUAUUAAUUUCGAAUGGCAAAUUUUCUUGGGAAACGACUCCAAUAAACCUUGAAAAUAAACCGAAUACGAUUUCAGAAAACGAGGAAAACGGUGUUGCUAGAAACCGCGAAAAUGGUUCAUUCAAACUAACUAAUAUCGAUGUUAAAAUUUACAAAGGAGAGUUCAUUGGAAUUAUCGGUCCAGUCGGUAGCGGAAAAUCUUCGUUUUUAGCCGCCAUUUUAGGAGAACUGUCUGCAGAAUCCGGUAGUAUCGGAAUCAGACACGUUGAUACGGGUUCUGCAAUUGUCACGCAACAGAGCUGGUUACAACGAGGUACCAUUAGAGAUAACAUCCUGUUUGGAAAGUCUUUCGACGAAAGCAAAUACAAGUCCGUUAUAUUUUCCUGUGGACUAGAGGAAGAUUUAAAUGAACUACAAGCUGGUGAUAUGACAGAAGUAGGUGACAGCGGCGGUACCUUAUCGGGCGGUCAGAAAACCAGAAUAGCUCUAGCUCGAGCUGUCUAUCAAGACAAAUUAGUGUAUCUUUUUGAUGAUAUAUUCUCAGCUGUAGAUGUGAAAGUUGGCAAGCACAUCUUUCGUCACUGCAUUAUGGGACUAUUAAAGGAAAAAACCAGGAUACUAUGUACGCAUCAUUCGAAGUACUUACUAAACGCCGAUAAGAUUAUAGUACUACAGAAUGGGUAUUUUAAAUCUAUUGGGAUACCGUCCGAAAUACUAAAAAGCGAUAAAGACGAAAUUAUGACUGAUUUAGAGUUAGAAUUAGAUGCACCAAUGGAGAUGAAUAAAGACUUAAAUAUAGACGAUAGCAAAGAUAAUAAUAAUCUCUUUAAAGAAGUGAGCAAGAAAGGUAGCUUGGAACUGAACGUAUGUGUUUCUUAUUGGAAAGGAAUGGGACAUUUCAUAAGCAUUUCGAUUCUUAUGACCGUUACACUGAUGCAAUUUACAAGGAAUACAACUGAUUGGUGGCUAGCAAAUGGUGUAACAUUGCAAGAUACUAAUUCGACCAAUAUAACAACAACGUUUUUUGAAUUGGAAGAAAUGAAUUUGGGUUUGAUCGAUAACAACAAUAUGAAAACGUUUUUGCUUAUAUAUCUCGGAUUCGCUUGCCUCAAUACCGUUUUUACCUUAUUAAGAGCGUUCAUAUUUGCGUACGGUGGUAUAGUAGCUGCGAAAACGUUUCAUAAGAAGUUGCUUAGAACCGUGUUACAAAGUAAAUGCGUAUUUUUCGAUGUAACACCUCUCGGAAGGAUUAUUAACAGAUUUUCGAGCGAUACGUACACGGUAGAUGAUUCAUUGCCUUUUAUACUUAACAUACUAUUAGCGCAGCUGUUUGGAUUACUCGGAUCGUUAGUUAUAACAGUUUACGGUUUACCUUGGAUAUGCGUGAUUCUAGUUCCGCUGAUUCCAAUAUACACAUGGUUAUUAAAUCAAUAUCGUAUGACGUCGAGGGAAUUGAAGAGAAUAUCCAGCGUUACCUUAUCACCGGUAUACAAUCAUUUCAACGAAACCUUGCUGGGAUUGAUGCAUAUCAAAGCGAUGCGUGCCGUUGUCAGGUUCCAACGUGAAAACGAAGAGAACAUCGAAGCUAACUUGAAAGCCCAAUUCGCCAGCCAAGCCGCGGCUCGUUGGUUAGGUUUGCGAUUGCAGUUAAUCAGCGUGGCUAUCAUAACAGGCGUAAGUCUGAUUGCUGUAAUUCAGCACCAGUACGAUAUCGCCAAUCCAGGUUUUAUCGGUUUAGCGAUAUCGUACGCUUUAUCCAUAACGAGCAGCUUGGCUGGAGUGAUAAACGCUUUCACCGAAACGGAAAGGGAAAUGAUUGCUGUCGAGCGUCUAAAUCAGUAUUUAGAAGUGCCUUCAGAGACUGCGUAUUACGUAAUGGACGCGCCGUUUGCUUGGCCUGGUCAAGGGGUGCUGUCGUUCAAAAACGUUACAUUGCAGUAUAGAAAAGAUUUGAAUCCAUCGCUUAAGAGAAUCUCUUUCGAAACAAGACCGUCCGAAAAAAUCGGAGUCGUUGGUCGCACUGGGGCUGGGAAAAGUUCGCUAAUAGCCGCUUUAUUCAGAUUGGUCGAUCUGUUGGAAGGUGUGAUUAGCAUCGAUUCGAUAGAUAUCAAGAAUCUAUCGCUAGCGACUCUGAGAUCGAGAAUGUUUUGCAUACCGCAAGAUCCGUUCCUCUUCAGCGGUACUUUACGAGCAAAUUUGGAUCCUUUAGGCGAAUUUACCGACGACGAAGUGUGGUCUGCCUUAAGAAAAGCGAACCUCUUUGAUACAAUCGACUCUCUUGGAGGUUUAAAGUGUUGCAUCGACGGUAGUGGCUCCAAUUUCUCCGUAGGGCAAAAGCAAUUGAUUUGUCUCGCCAGAGCGGUGCUACACAAUCCGAAAAUUUUAUGCAUCGACGAAGCUACGGCUAACGUGGACGAAGAGACUGACAAAAUCAUUCAAAAUGCUUUGAGGACCGCGUUUAGGAAUAGCACGGUAGUGACUAUAGCUCACAGGGUGCAAACUAUAUUGGAUUCGGAUCGUGUGCUGGUUAUGCAUCAAGGCGAAAUCGUUGAAUUUGAUAGUCCGGAUGUGUUGAUGAGCGAUUCAAAUUCGUACUUCCAUAAAUUAGUUGAAAAUAAAUAGUUAUUUUGUGAUACAGUAAUAUAUAUAAUUUAAAUAAACUUUUUUUGUAUUAAUAAUUAGAUUCUUAAUUCCGACCAGAAUACUCAACGCUUCAAUAUUUCAUAAAAAUAUAUCUCCUAGCAGGUAAAAAGAACACAGAUUCAUAGAUUAGAAAGAAAUUAAGUUUACCUUUCAAAAUCUCAGUGACUGUAAAAUAGUAUUAAUACGAAAUGAAUAUAGAUCGUAAAUCUCGUAGAAUAUAUACAUGGUGAUACUUUUCAACUGUAAAAGUCGUUAAAAAAACUCAAAAUAAAGAUCAGAAUUAAAUAAUCUAAAUCUGGG